AUGCCGCUGGACUACUCCAAGUUUGUCGUUGGAGAGCCUGCGGACGAAUCCAUCAGCUUUUGCUCGUGGAAGGUCGUCGAGGCUUAUCCUGACCAGUUUAUCGGCAAGGCAAACAGGCCUCGUGCCAAGCCGUACUUUGACAAGAUUUUGGAAGACAGAGUCUGGGAUUUCUUCUAUCUCUACAACCCCGAGAAGCCUUCAGAGAAGCCUCGCGUGCUGGUGCCCACUGUUCAGCUCGAAGGCUUUCUCAAAAGCAUCAACAGAGCGCUCGGUACUUCUCUCACCAUUCCAGGAGGGGCAAACCAGGACCGUUUUUAUCUGAGGUUCGGCCAGGGAGACACCCCAAGGCCUCGAUAUCUACAGAGGUCGAGAGACCAGAAAUCCCUAAAGAUUGAAACGUUCCCCGAUUUUCAACAGGCGGACUACGACAGCUUUAGGAACGCGCAUGGCGCCAUCCAGGAGGACUGGUUGAAGAACUGGCAGAUGCUGGUACCUCGGCCGAGUUUCGACAAGAAGAAAAAUGCAGACAAAAGAGCAGCCAAGAGAAGGCUCGAGCGAGAGCGAAUGCUUCACAAUACGCAGGAAUUUCUUCAUUUGGCAGGUAAGGGCAAAGGGGCUGACGUGGUUCUGGUUUGCAUGGAUGUCGAAGCCAUCGAGAUGCCACCGAAUCCCGUAUCUGAAGUCGGGAUUGCGAUGCUGGACGUCAAGGACCUCAAUGGCGUGGAGGCGGGCCCCGGUGGCCAGAACUGGUGGCAGUUGAUCCAGGCGCAUCACCUACGAACCAAGGAGUAUUCAGGUCUGGUGAACCACCGCUUCGUCCGUGGGUGCCCUGACUACUUCGACUUUGGUACCAGCACGUUUCCGCAAGAGUAUGAGCUCUCCGAGGCCAUCAUGGCCAUUCUGGAGCCCUAUAUAAGCCAAAAUCGCCACGUGGUGUUUGUCGCGCAUGACACUGGCUCAGACAUCAAGUAUCUCGCAAGCAUUGGGUUUGAUGUCCUGGGACUCCCAGGCCUCGUUGAGGAGUUGGAUACAAAGGAGAUACACCUGGCCUGGAAAGAGUCUGACCAAGGCAAGAGCCUGGCGAGCGUCCUCAACGACCUUUGCAUCCACAGCAAGCACCUCCACAACGCCGGCAAUGAUGCUGUCUACACUCUCCGUGCGCUCCUAGGGGUUGCCAUUGAGCAGAUUCGGGAGAAGAGUGCCAAGGCAAACGGGGAAGAGUACAGGCCGGCCCUGUUUGACGUGAAGCAGGAGACUGAGGUUGAAGAUGUAAACAGUGGUUGGUGA